GAACGAGAGAGUUGCAAAAUCGAAGAAAGAGAAAAGAGAGAGGUAUAUUUGCAGAAAGAAUCGGAGAUAUUCUGUAGGAUAGAGUGAGAAUAUCACGAGGGAGAGAGAGAGAGAGAGAGAGAGAAUAUCUUGAGAGUGAAAAAGAGAGAGAAUAUCUUGAUAGAAAAAGAGAAAAUAUCUUGAGAGAAGCAGAGAGAAUAUCUUGAGAGAAGAAGAAAGAGAGAGAAUAUCUCAGAGCAUAAGAGAGAAAGAGUGAGCCGAAUGGAAAAGAGAGAUAGCAGACGAAAAAGUGAGAUAGGAACGAGAAGGAGAGAGAAUGAAGGAGGGAAGAAGAGAGAAGAUUGGGAAGAAAAGUGAGAGAGUAUUGAGAAACUGAGAGAGAGCGAGAGACGUUGGGAGUGAGAUGGAAUUCGUAGGGAAAGAGGGAAAGCGAUAGACCCAUUCAUCUUGGCGCGCCUAGCCUGUACGGGAUUGGCUGUGGGUGAGUGAGGCCGUCUCUUGAUUGGCCGGUUCUGUUUACCAGCUGUGUCGGAUUCAGGAGAGGGAGUCGAGAGACAAGCGGCGCCAUUAUUGUAAGGGGUUACAUUUAGCUGGCUGUGGUGUGUAGUACGCGGCGUUCGGGAUAGGGGGCUAUAGUACCCUCAUGCAUGGCCCAUAAAGGAUUCGUCGACUAUCCGAGAAGUACGCAAGAAACAGCUUCUAACACCUGACAGGCCACGCUCCUCCUGGUCUCGUGGGCAGCCCAAUUUUCUGGGGCAGCGGAUCAGCUGUCGGGGCCCCGUCGCGCACUAUUCAAAGAGAUAUAAAACCCAAAAAAAAUUGCAACCUUAAUCCUUUAUUUUUGGAAUAGGAAAAAUUUUUUCGCCUCCCUCGUUAUCGUGGUGUGGUGUGCGAGUUGCGUAAGUGGCAAUAAAAGUGAGGGUAAAGCACCGAUAAAAGUCGGUGAAGAAAAGAGGGGCGAGGAGGUGGGAAGGGGAGGAGGAGGAAGUGCGUAGAGCGUGGAAAAGCGGAAUACGAAAUCGCCUCGUGGUCCGUGCGGAAGGUGCGCUCUCUCUCUCUCACACUCUUUCUUUCUUAAUACUCGGGAAAAAAGGUGCAUGAUGUGCGGGACCAAUAUGGUGUUACAGUUGGUGGACUGUUGUGACCAGUGCGGGUGUUGACUGUCCACGGAGGGACGCGCGCUGGCGGCGGCGAUAUGAGUUCGAAAUUCAUAAUCGAUAGUAUGCUACCAAAGUAUCAUCAACAAUUUCAUCAUCAACAAUUGUUCUCAAGCGCGAAUCCCAGCUCAGUUCAGGCCUGUUCCUCAAGUCCAGUUUCAAGUUUAGAGUCGAGUUUGUCAGCGGCGGCUGUUGCGGCAGCGGCUGUUAAUUACGCUCAACACAAUUCCCCGAGUCCGACGGGCUCGAGUCCCCAGCACUCAGGAAGUUCGGCCUCCACCUCACCGGCGGCGCGCGCCACCUCCAGUAUGUACCCCUACGUAUCAGCGGCUGCGGCCCAUCAUCAUCAUCAACAACAACAGGCGGUUGCGGCCGCGGCAUUUGGGGCCACAUCGGGCAUGGUCCCAGGUUUUGGCUCAUCGGCAGCGUCGAGCGCUGCAUUAGCGGCUGCAGCGGCCGUCGACGCUGCCACCACUGGCGACAAAUCCUGCAGGUACACCGCGAGUCUUACCGGCAAUGUUGCACCCUCCGCCAACGAUCCCAUGGUUAAUUACACAUUGGGUCAUCAUCAUCAGAAUGGAGCCACCCCCGGAGGACUUGUUUCUUCAGCAUCGGCGUCAUCGGCCGUUUCAGCAGCCUCAGCAUCCAUGGCGGCCGCUGCACAAUUCUAUCAUCAAGCGGCCGCUGCUUCAGCUGUUGUCGAUCCUCUAGCCUCCUGUCAACAACCCACCACCGGACAACCAGGAAUUCCCGAGAUACCCCGUUAUCCAUGGAUGUCCAUCACCGAUUGGAUGAGUCCCUUUGACAGAGUCGUCUGUGAAGGCCGCAUGUCCAAUCUAAAUACCCUGGACAUAUGCCGUUCUGAGCCGUUGUCAAAGCAGAAUUUCAAUGAUCUUACUUGGGAGGGUCAAUAUUAUAGUCCAAACGGUUGUCCGAGGCGUAGAGGUCGACAAACCUACACACGAUUCCAAACGUUGGAAUUAGAAAAGGAAUUUCAUUUUAACCACUACCUGACGAGAAGACGACGAAUAGAAAUCGCCCACGCUCUCUGUUUAACGGAACGGCAGAUAAAAAUUUGGUUUCAAAAUCGACGGAUGAAAUUGAAGAAGGAAUUGAGGGCGGUAAAGGAGAUAAACGAGCAGGCUCGUCGUGAACGUGAGGAGCAGGAUAUGAUGAAAAAACAACAGGCCGAGAAACAAGCUAAAAUGCAACAGGAGCAACAAACAGCACUGCAGCAUCAGCAACACCACGUCGGUGGUCUCGAUAAAACGCAAAACGAUCUCCUCAAGGCUGUCAGCAAAGUUCCCGCAUAGGGAACGACAUUGCUCACUUCACUCUCUCUUGCCUAGGAGAUAGUAAUUAAAUAUUAAUCGCAAAAAAAAAAAAAAUAAAAAAUACACACUCGACUACGUACUUAUACCCAGCGAACCUUGCCACGGUCUCGCUCGACUGAUCCUAGAAUGUAUUUUUUGUAAGACGGAAGC